CACCACUUACUGGGCAGCAACAACAGAAACGAAGAUAGAGGAAGGGGGCGACGGGCGGCUGAUCAUCUCUGUCACGCUCUCGUUUACGAGCGACGUUACGUGUUUGCGUAGUGACUGGUGCGAGAGAGCCAAACGUGCCGUUAUUCUUCAUUCAUCAAUGGCGAGCCUACCCCUCCCCCGCCCCCGCUGCUGUUACAUAAAGUCCUUGCGAAAACACUUCCUCUCGCGUUGCGUGAGAGAAAAUCCAGGGGCGGAACACUGCGAUGCUUCGUAGUUCACAUUUCUUGAAUGAAUUUCACCAUUCGGGAGUGCAUCCCCCCAUAUGCUGAUAUGCACUUAGUCUCGUGCCGCUCGCUCGGCUGAGGGUCAAGAUCGGCGCGAAGACAUGCUCGCGAAGCCUAAUAUUUUUGCAUCCCGACUGCCAUGUUCGAAUUUAGAAUUCACAAACUGCACACUGCACUCAUCGUGCAGUUUCAGUGCGGCAUUCGGCGCAGGCGAACAGCACAUAACGAUAUCGAGACCGCAUAGCCACAGGCUACAGGCCACACACCACAGAGCACUGAACACCGAGCACUGAGCACAGGCCGAGAUUGCGAUGGCGGGCCCACUCUUGUGGCAAAACUUCAAGGUGCUCGUCACCCGGUACCCGAUAAUGCGCGGCAUGAUAUCGUACAGCCUGAUCUGGCCCACGGGCAGCCUCAUCCAGCAAACAGUUGAGGGAAGGCGCUGGGGCACCUACGACUGGUGGCGCGUGUUCCGGUUCAGCAUGUACGGUGGCCUGUUCGUUGCCCCUACACUCUACGGAUGGGUCAAGGUUAGUGACCGCUUACCGCUUGCAUGCCCGUUUCGAUCCAAUCCCAAUGCUCUGCAGAUUUCCAGCGCCAUGUGGCCGCAGACAUCGUUGAGGACGGGUGUCAUCAAGGCGGCGGUGGAGACGAUCUCGUACACCCCCGGCGCGAUGACCUGCUUCUACUUUAUCAUGAGCCUCCUGGAGUCCAAGACGGUGGAGGAGGCGGUCGCCGAGGUCGGCAAGAAGUUCCUGCCCACGUACAAGGUGGCUCUAUCCGUGUGGCCACUGGUGGCCACCAUCAAUUUUACUCUGAUCCCCGAGCGCAACCGUGUGCCUUUCAUCAGCGCGUGCAGCCUGUGCUGGACCUGCUUCCUGGCCUACAUGAAGCACCUGGAGCACCACGAGGUGGACGGGGCCAUUUGAUGGCCAUGGCCGUAUUUCUUAAACAGCAUUAAUUGAAGUAGUAGAUAGUAAACGAAUUGAAAUAAAUUAAAAUCUAAGAACGGUAUUUCGCACAAAGUA